ACCAUCUUCUGUCAGUCAAGGGACGCUCUGCACUGUGGGACUUCGGCUGUCUUCAACAUCAGAAAUGGUUUUAAGAAUCAAUCUGUCCUCGCUGGUGUUCACAUUUGCCUUGGUAACUGCAGUCACUUGGGCAAGACCCAAUUAUGAAGACUUAAAUGAACGCGACACUGCUCACCAGACUCACAGAACAAGACGUCUGAGGCAUGUGAAGGACUACAACCCAGAAGAUGAUUCCGAGUUCUGGAUUAACAAGGCUCAGAGCGUUUUGAGUGCAAAAUUGGCAAGAAAAGCUAUCACAGGGCCAGCAAAGAAUGUUAUUAUGUUCCUGGGGGACGGCUUCUCGAUCCCAACAUUGGCCGCUGCCAGAGCGUACCUUGGACAAUCCCAAGGGGCACCAGGGGAGGAAACAGAGCUUUCCUUUGAAGAGUUCCCCAAUACUGGACUUUCUAAGACCUACUGCGUGGACAGCCAAGUUGCAGACUCUGCGUGCAGCGCCACGGCCUAUCUGAGUGGCGUCAAGGCCAACAUUGGCACCGCAGGUGUGACAGGAAGAGUAAAAGUGGACGACUGUGCAGCUAUGAGGAACACUUCUAACCAAGUUUCAUCGAUUCUCAAGUGGUCACAGGACGCAGGCAAAUCGACGGGCGUUGUAACGACGACUAGAAUUACGCACGCGUCUCCGUCUGGUACAUACGCCCACAUCGCCAACAGGGACUGGGAGAAUGACGCAGAGGUCCGAAACUCCGGGCAAGACCCGGAUAUUUGCGAUGACAUCGCGGAACAACUUGUUAACAGGAUCCCGGGCAAGAAUAUCAAGAAUGGAUGUNGUUGGAAAAAUGACAAGUUGAAUCGUAAUAUUAGCUUUAGGUACAUGUGGAAUAGGGACCAACUUCUGAGUAUUGACCCCACUGCCGCGGAUUACGUGCUUGGACUUUUUAAUAGAGAUCAUCUGGAGUACCACUUGUUGGCGAACCCGAGAAAGGAACCAACACUGGAGGAGAUGACAAACUUUGCAGUGCAGGCACUGAAGAAAGAUCCAAAUGGUUACUUUUUAUUUGUCGAAGGUGGACGUAUUGACAUGGGACACCACGCCACGAAAGCACGUUUAGCCUUGGAUGAAACUCUUGAAUUUGCAAAAGCCGUAAAAGUCGCAGCAGAUCUCACAGACGAAGAGGACACCCUAAUUGUGGUCACAGCCGAUCAUGCGCAUACGUUGAGUGUAAAUGGCUACCCUGUUAGAGGAAACAACAUCUUAGGAAUCGGUGGAAUGUCUUGGGAAGAUUAUCUUCCUUAUUCGACUCUUAGUUACUCUAAUGGACCAGGCUACAAACAUCCACAAGAGGACGGGACUAGAUAUGAUAUUUCUGGAGAUGAUAUGAGUGACGCCAAUUACGAGUUUCCGGCUACGGUCCCGCUGAGUAGCGAGACCCAUGGAGGAGAUGACGUCGCAGUGUUUGCCAGAGGGCCUUGGAGUCAUCUGUAUGCGGGCACAUUUGAGCAGAACUUCAUUCCCCACGUCAUGGCCUACGCCUCUUGUGUUGGCAAUGGGCGAACAGUAUGCGACGACAACAAUAAUUAGUUGAGCGAUAAAACAUAAACAUUAAUUUGACAUUCAUAUUGUUUUAGUACAAAAAACCUACAUCGCGAAAUUCUUAUAACAUGUAUUACACUACAUUUGUAUCUACAAAGCAAUGUGUUUAGAGUCAUUAAUGUGAGUGAGAAUUCCUGUAACGCUUUCCAUGCUCAAGUACUCAGAUAUCUCCAUGUUAACUUAUAUAUUUUAUUGGAGAAAUUCUUUAAAUGGUUAACUUGAAGCGUCAAGAGAAGUCAGAACAAGAUUCUCUCUGUUCAUUGAUAAUGUACACACCAAAGUUACACACAGUAAAAA